UUUAACGAUAGAGGUGUGAAAUGCACCCUUACCUUGUUUUGACAUGUAAAUAAAUUGUUUAUUUUCUUUUCUCUCAAAGAAAAAAUAUAUGGUUUAUUUUUUAUAAAUUGAGAGAAAAGUAGAAAUAAAAAACUACAAUGGAAGCUCUGUGGAAUAAACUUAAUUUACAGCGACCAAGUGCCUUGACAUUUAAAGUUUCUUCAAGUGAAAUAAGUAUGAAAAUAAACACACCUAACCUGAAUAAUUUAAAAAAUGCAAAAUGUUUUUUGAUGAAAAUAAACAAGAUUAUCAAAGACCUCGAGUCACAAGAAAUGUUACAUUUUGAAGCAGCAAUUCUUGGGAGAUUAAUUUACCGUAUGAAGUGUAAAUUUAGAAGUGAUAAAGGUCUGAAAAAUAUGGAGAAAACAAAUCGAGCUCUUCUAAAUUAUUUAAAACUUUGCCUGGAAAAUGAUUAUAAAUACCUUAAAGAAUGCACUGAGAUUAAUUCGCAUUUAAAUUAUGUUAUUUUGCCGACAACACAAAUGAUGGAAUAUACAUUAAUUAAAACUCAAAGUUUCGCAAAAUUAAUGUGUCGUAUUGAAAAUGUUUCACAAGAGGCUGGUUGUUUUCUUAAAUCGAGAAUCAUCACCGGACAAGCUUGGGAAGUUUCUUUAAUUGCUUUAUCGGUCAUCAGUCGAAUAUGGGUUCUUUCUCGACAUUUAAUUAAAAAGUCCUGUGAUUGGUACGAGACAUUAUAUGAAUACAGACAAAAUUUCAAAAGUUCAGGAGCAGAGUGGCUGCCAAAAAAUUAUAAACUACCAUCAGAUUUGAAAUGUUGGCUCAAGUUGCCUUGGAUUGAUGAAGAAUUACCAAAUAUUUUAACACAUCAAGAAAUUAAGCAAAACAUUUUUAAUCUAAUUAAACCAAUCGACGACGAUGAUUCUGAAACUGAACUGAAUUUCGAUAUUGAAGAAAAUGACGAAUCGAUGUCCUCAAAAUUCUCUUUAUCAACUAAAAUAUUUCCAGGAUCGUCGGAAAAAAAAGAAAAAUCAUCUCUACCUGUUAAUAAGUUUGAAUUAAUUGAAAAUACGAAAAUUUCCAAAAUUUCAAAUAUUAAGAAUAGAGAAUUAUCACAGGAAGUGACGACGUCCUUUCCAUUAGGUGUAAUCGAUGUGGGUGAAAAGAUAUCUCGCAAUGCUUAUAAAUCGUUACUUAAAAAAAAAGCCGAAGAAGAAGAAGAGUUGAGUAAAAGUCAAGAUGUAAAAUUGAAUCAAAACGACGAAGUAAAAAGAAAAAAACGCGAAAAAAGUUCGAAAGCAAGACGAGAAUUAAAGUGUGUUAUUAAUUCUUGUGACGACGAAAAGCUGGAAAAAAGAAAGAAAAUUAUAACUUCCGAAAGUUUGAAAAAUGAAAAUGAUUUAAUUUUAUUUUUAAAACAAAAAUCGUAUCCAGGAAUGGAUAAAAUUCAAUGGAAGAAUCUGAAAAAAAAUGUAAGUCAAUUUUUAGUGGAUAUUAAUAAUAGCAAUGAAUCAGUAUCGAGGAAAAAGAAACUGAAAAUGGUGUUUAAAAAAUUACGAGAAUGGACAAGUUAAUAAAGUUAUUAAACGGCAA